GAUUAGAACAUUAAAAAAAAAAGUGGAAAGAGAGAGAGAGAGAGAGAGGAGAGAAAUAAGAGAAAGCUAAGAUCUUUGAUAACUAUAGUGAAUCGGUUUUCUCACCGGAGAUAAUCGCCGGAGCUUCUUUCCGGUGAAUUAUGGUAUAUUGUGCCGUCUGACUGACGAGUGUCAUGCAACCAGUCUGGUUUCUUUAAUAAUUAGUGGUUUAUUUAAAUUAUUAUUAGCAAGACGAGUUAAUUUUACAGAGAUGGAUAGAACCAGAGAAGCGAGGAGAGUCAGUAUGGCGUCCGCCGCGGCGACCAAUGGCCUUUCACGGCGGCGUCAUAGGACUAGCUCUCUCAGAGACUCUCCAGAGGAAGACGGACCGGUGGAGACGCAUGAAACGGCGCGUUUAAGGGAUCGAAAGAAGGACAGAGAUAGGGAACGAGAAAGAUAUAGAGAAAGGGAAAGAGAUCGGUUGAGUAGAACCAGUAAGAGAAGAAGAGGCGAUAGAUUGAUGAGUAAUAGAGGAGAUGGAGGUGAUGGUACUUCUGAAGAAAGCGUAAACGAUGAUGAAGAUGAUGACGACGAAGACAGCGGCGGAACCGGUGGUGUUGGUUCUGUUCGGACGGUUUCGCCGAACAUCAUCGCCGGGUCUUUGUCGAUGUCUAAUCAUCAUCAUAACCAUCAUCACCACCAGCUGCAGCAACAUCAGCAGCAUCAACAUCGGAAGAGUUUUACACCGCCGGUGAAAGUUAUUAGAACAACACCAUCGGCGGGGAUGACUGCCAGUAUGACGACGAGUACGUCUACAUGGAAACCCGCCGAUGAGAUGAUUGGUGUAUCGGUGCCUAGAAAAGCUCGGUCAGGUAGAGCUACUAAAAGGUCUCAUGAAUGGGCAUCAAGCGGCGGCGGUGGCGUUGGUGUUUUAGGCGGUGAACAAAUUCACUGUCAAGCUUCAACUUCGCCGGUAAGGACAGGUGUAACCGGGGCGUUGACGUCACCAUCUCCUGCUCCGGCCUCUCCAUCUUCUUCCAGUGCUUCUAUGAGGAAGAAGAUGAAGCCUAAUGCUAACGGAACAAAGCAAAGGCCACCGAAGUCGUCGUCGAAAUCUUCGUCUUCAGCUCAGGAGGAGAUUGAGAUCGAGAUUGCUGAGGUUUUAUAUGGUAUGAUGAGACAGCCACAAGUCCCAUCUAAGCAAGAAAUAAUCGGGAACGAUUCGGCCAAAUUUGAUUCAAGAGAAGUUAAUAAACCCAAUAAUGACUCUAAAUCAGUCGUCUCUUCGCCGAUCUCCAACUCCCCAUCAACUCUUCCUCAAUCAUCCUCUAUUUUGCCUUCAAAUUCUAGCUCCUCUGCUACUCCUAUGUCUGCAAUUGCUCCAAAGAGGAAAAGACCAAGACCGGUGAAGUAUGAGGAUGAGAAUACGACUACAACGACACCUCCACCUCCUUCUAUUUUCCCUCCUAGACAUAGUUCCAUUUCAUCUACUACAACUAAGGUUGAAAUUGAUCAACCAGCUAAAGUUGAAGCAACUUCUCCCAAUUUGGAGAAAAAUUCAGGACCCGUGGCUGAAAAUGAUAGCGGUGCUUGCGAUUUGACGAGUUCUUCAAAAGCUGGACCAGUUUCAUCAGAGUUGGUUCAAGCAGAACCAGUGAAAGAAGAGAAGAAUAAUUUGGCACUGGAUUCUAAGCCUUCGACUGAAGAAUCUGAGAGUAGAGAUAUCGGUUUCGGUAAUAAAGAAGAGUCUCAAUCGCCAAAGAAGGAAUCUUUAUCAUCUCCUGCUGAUAAUCCUUCUUCCGCUGGUCUGCCAUUGGAUGACGAGCGUGAGAAAUCGACAGUGACAAAAGCUAAUUCAACAGUUUGUGAGAAUGAGAGUCAGCGGGAAGAGAAGUUCCAGAUAGAUCUGAUGGCACCUCCUCCAUCUAGAUCAUCUCCAGAAAGGGAAGGUGAGACUGAUGUUGGGGCUUCAGAUCCUAAACCAGUGGCCGCAGAUGUGGAAUUGGAGAUGAAGUCUUUGGUGAAUGAAGAUGACAAAAGAAUGAAAAUUGGGAAGGGAGAUGUGAAUGUGGAAGUUGAGGAUAACAAUAAGAAGGCCCAACUUAGUGCUGAAGAAGCUGAUUCGCAGAAGCCUGUUGUAAAUAAAGAAAGGAAUCUUGAUCUCCAGCUUGAUUUGGAGAAAUCUGACAGAGAUAGUGGUUCAGGUAGUGUGAGUGGGAACAAGCUCAACCACCAUGUUCUAAAGCUACAUCAUCAACAUCCUAGUGUAGAGAAAACUGCACAUUCUGGCUCUUUACCUUUGCCGAUGUCAAUUGCUAGCUGGCCUGGUGGACUUCCUCCAAUGGGCAGAUACAUGGCUCCUCUACAAGGUGUUGUAUCCAUGGAGGGGAGCGCUGUGUCUUCAGCUGCUAUCCAGCCUCCACAUUUGCUUUUUUCUCAACCGAGGCCAAAGAGAUGUGCAACCCAUUGCUACAUUGCACGGAAUAUUCACAAUCACCAGCAAAUUAUGAAGAUGAAUGCUUUCUGGCCAGCGGCAUCUGGUUCAGCUUCACUCUAUGGCCCAAAGGCUUGUAAUCUAAAUGUUGUUCCGCCUUCAGAAUUGCAUGGGAACAUUCCUGGGCGAGGUGUGAAUUCUGUACAAGAGAAGGGGCAGGGUCUUGCAAUUUUUCCUGGUCAUGUGUGCAAAGAUAAAAGUUCUCAGGCUGCUACCAACAUGGUGGAUGCCGCACAGAGAAAGCAAAUAAUGCUCCAGCAAGCUCUACCCCCAGGAGCACCCAAUAAUAUCAUGCAAGGCCCUGCUUUUAUUUUCCCAUUGAACCAGCAACAGGCUGCUGCUGCUGCAGCAGCAUCUGUCCGACCUGGGUAUGUGAAAUCUCCUCCUGCUGCUUGUAGCACAGCUGCAUCGAGUACAUCUAACUCUGCCUUACUAAGUGCCACCCCAGCUGGUGCAACUGGAGCCCCGGCAUUUAGCUUCAACUACCCAAAUAUCACAGGCAAUGAAACUCAAUACUUGGCAAUUCUGCAGAAUAAUGCCUAUCCAUUUCCAAUUCCUGCACAUGUUGGGGCGCCACCUGCUUAUCGUGGGAAUCAUGCUCAACCUAUGCCUUUUAUUCACGGAUCUUUCUAUUCUUCCCCUCAAAUGCUUCACCCUUCACAGCUUCAACAACAGCAGCAGCAACAGCCACCCACACAGUUACAACAAAGCCAACAAGGUCAUCAGAACACUAGCAUGUCCAGUGGUUCAUCCUCCUCACAGAAGAAUUUGCAGAACCAGCAGCAGAGGUCACAUGGAGGUGAUGUGAGUAGUGGCAGUGGAAACUCGCAAGUGUUUCAUGCCUCUAAAAAGGAUUCACCUCAUCCCUUACAACUACGGCAACAGCAGCAACAGCUGAGUCAGAAUGAUUCUCAUCAAGCUAGGCAACUUGAUGGUGAAUCAGAUGGCAAAGAUGGCCCAUCAACUGCUACUGAUAGCAGAGUAUCUCGUUCAAAUAUGAAUAUCUAUGGUCAGAAUUUUGCUAUGCCUGUACAGCCUUCAAACUUUGCUUUGAUGACCGCUGCUUCAAUGAAUUCUGCUGGUAAUUAUGGGGAAAAGAAGCAACAGACACAGCAGCAAUCACAACAGCUAGGCUCAAAGGCUGGAGUCGAGCCUCUUGCAUCUCAAGCUUUUGCAAUGUCAUUUUCAUCUGCUAAUGGUACUACUGCUCCUGGCCUUGGUAUUUCUUCCCUAGCACCGAAUCAUGCAAUUCUUCAGAGCCUUCCAGGAAGUACAAGGCAAGGCUAUCAGCAUAUUAUGGCUGUUCAACAGAAGAAGGAUAAUUAUCAUGCUUAUGAAGAAGGGAAGCGUGGAACUCAUGAUGCAUCCAGUGUGCAAGAAGAAAAGAAGGCAGGAAAAAGUUCAGGCACCGCUGGGCAGUCCAUUGCCUUCUCCAGGCCAGAUAUGCCUGAUUCAAGUGAUUCCACUCUUGCAGGCAAAAAUGUCAUUGAUAGUUCUAUCUGUACGCUUGGCUCUGCUCCUGCUCGAACUUCAGGGCCUGUUAUGCCAGCUUCAAUCGGUAGUGUUAAUGUUGCUAAUGCUCAGCAGCAACUUCAGCGGAAUCAACAGCAGCAGCUCCAAUUUGGGGCUGCUUCUGCUCCUCGAAGUAAGACACCAGAAACAAGUAAUGGAAGUGCUUACCCUGAUCACUUUCACUCUUCAUCUAUAGCUGCCAAGUUUUCAAAUGUGCUGUCUGCAUUUCCUCAAAAUCUAAUACAAAGCAGCAGCAGUCCUGCUCAGUCUCCUCAAUGGAAGAAUUCUGUGAGGACAACUAGCUCUCAAGUUCCUUCUCAAUCUCUACCAUCAACUUCAUCCCUCAAGAAUAUUUCCCAGCAACAAGGUCGGCCACAGCAAAGCCCCACACAGAUUUCUUUUGCAUCUAAUCCUAAAUCACCACAAGGUCAACAGCCUCUUAGUAGCACUCCUACCCCUUCUCCAAUGAUGGUUGGCUCUCCCACAACUUCACUCUCCAGGAGUGCUGGUGGUAGCCCAAGGACAACAGGUUCCUCUUCCACCAGCAACAAAGCUGGCCAAGCAUCUGGUUUAGCAUCCCAACAAGCUAAGAACUCACCGACCGUGCCUAGUCAGAAGUCAUCUCCUGUUGGUGGGAGUAAUGUGCCAUCUGUCCUGGGAAACCCUCACAUAUGUUCAUCUUCAAAUAUGGGAGCCAAGCCUCAAGUGGCACUACAGCAUCAGCAACAUCAAAAGCAUGCACUUCAUCAAGGGCAGCUGUUCUUCCCAAAUGCUUACAUGCAGGCUCAAGCUCAACACUCACCAAGUUCGACAACACCUGCAACAACAGCAAGUGCAUACUAUGUCCAAAGACAACAGCAGACUCUACCUCUGGGUUCAUCUACAACAUCAACUUCGAUGUUAUCAUUGUGUUCUCCGGUUACUCUUGCCAACAGCGGAACCACCGACCCUGCAAAAGCUGUAGCAGCUGCUGUGGCGAGCAACAUGAAAGGUGGGUUAGCAUCCCAGGGACUUAUCAAUCCUGCUCAAUUUGCUACUCCACAAUCCACUGGAAAGUCGCAUCAGCUGGUACCAGGCUUCCCAUGUGUUCAUGCUGUCCCUUCCGCUGUUCAGGUAAAACCAGCAGAACAGAAACAACCUGCUGGUGAGUAAAAUUCUCCCCUUUUUUGCUUCAACAUUGCUUCCCCCGUAUAGUGAACAAGGAGAAGAAGGUACGGAAUGAAAACGGAAUCAAUGAUAUUGGGGACCGAAUCAGGAAAGAUAAACUGGUUUUUUGCCCAGAAAUGACAGCAGCAGCGAAAACAGGAGGAUAUGAUUGAAGUUAUAUAUAUAAUGUGGCUUAGAACUCACUCAACCCACAAUUUUGCAAAGUGAUGGGGGAAGUUUUUCUUUGUGGAAUGUGCUUUCUCAUGUGUAUCCACCAAACAUGUAGACUUUUGUUUAUAAUCUUUGACAUGGUUGAUCCCUGAUAUGCCUUAUGUAAUUAAAUUUGAUUGGUUUGAUGGGGCAGAUGAUGGAGGAUUAAAAAAAAAAGAUGGGGGGGGGGGGGAUGAGGAAAAGCAGACAACUUUUCCAUCUUUUGGGGCUGUAUUGUAGGGGUUCUUUUUUCUUUCUUUCUUUUAUUAUUUGAAAUUUGCAGAAAAGAAGUCAGUAAACAAAUCUUUGGAACAUAAUGAUGCAAAACUGAAUGGUGUAUAUGUGUGACACAUAUUAAAGAUCACUUAUUUUUGUCUC